AUGGACGCGCAAGUGCACAAGCCGCACCGCAAGUCCAAGGAGAAGAAGCAGCAGCACACUGGAGACCGCAACCCCAAGGCCUUUGCCUUUUCCAAGCCAGGCAAGCUUCAGCGGACAGCCGCCCGGUCUCAGGAUAUCAAAGAGAGGCGGCUUCACGUGCCCCUCGUCGACCGACUACCCAAUGAAGCCCCCCCGCGCCUCGUCGCCAUCGUCGGCCCCCCUGGCGUCGGCAAGACAACCCUCCUCAAAUCCCUGGUCCGCCGGUAUGCCAAGGAGACAAUCGCCGAUCCCCAGGGCCCCAUCACCGUCGUCAUCUCCAAGAAGCAGCGCCUCACCUUCGUCGAAUGCCCCAACCAGCUCGAGGCCAUGAUCGACAUCGCAAAGGUCGCCGACAUUGUCCUCCUCAUGAUUGACGGAAACUAUGGAUUCGAGAUGGAAACAAUGGAGUUCCUCAACAUCCUCGCCGCCACCGGCAUGCCCGGCAACGUCUUCGGCAUCCUCACCCAUCUCGAUCUCUUCCGCAAGCCCCAGGCCCUCAAGGACGCAAAGAAGCGUCUCAAGCGCAGGCUUUGGACCGAGCUCUACCAGGGCGCCCACCUUUUCUAUCUCUCGGGCGUCAUGAAUGGCCGAUACCCCGAUCGCGAAAUCCACAACCUCUCCCGCUUCCUCUCCGUCAUGAAGAACCCCCGCCCUCUCGUCUGGCGCAACUCGCACCCUUAUACCAUCAUCGACAGCUUCCGCGACAUCACACACCCCUCCAAGAUCGAGCAAGACCCCAGGUGCGACCGUUCCAUCGUCCUCUCGGGCUAUCUGCGCGGCACAAACUUCGCCGCUCAAGGCCAGCGCGUCCACGUCGCAGGCCUUGGAGACUUUACUGUCGCAAACAUGGAGCUGCUCCCUGACCCGUGUCCCACCCCUUCCAUGGAGCAGGCCCUGGCGAAAAUGACGGGCAAGACUGGGCGCCGGCGACUAGACGAGAAGGAAAAGAAGAUGCAUGCGCCCAUGUCGGAUCGAAGCGGUCUGAAAAUCGACGGUGAUGCCAUCUGGAUCACACGAGACAAGGGCUUCACGUUUGAUAAGGACGACGACGAUGCCGAACGGGGCGAAGGAGAAGAAAUGAUCAUAGGUCUUCAAGCUGAGCGCAAACUACUCGGCCAGACGGACGACGGCGUGCAGCUGUUUUCUGGCGGCCAAAAGGUUACAGAGGUGGUUGAGGAGGACAUGGGGAGGAAAACUCAGCGAAAGGCCCGCUUUGUCGAGCGAGACGAGUCAGAAAGAGAAGGGCAUGAGGCCGCCGACGAUGAGGGCUUCGUCAGCGGCAGUGACGACCAAGGCUCGGAUGUCGAAGUGGAUGAAUUCGACGAGAAUAAGGCCGGCAAAUUGUUUGACAUAUUGGGAAAGGAUUCUGAAAAAGCCAAUGGGGAGGAAGACCUUGCGUUUGCCGACAGCGACUCGGACCUGGGGUCCAUGUCGGACGCAGAUGAAUUCUUGGAAGAUGACGAAGAGAUUGAUUCCGACGAGGAGGCCGCUGCCCUGCGAUGGAAAGAAGGCAUCGUCGAAAAGGCCAGGAAGCUUCACGGCAGAAGACGGUCAUACCACACCGGCGAUCUUGCGAGGUACAUCUACGACAAUUCACUCAGCCUGCAAGAUGUUCUCAAGAGAUGGAGAGGCGAGGAUGACGAGCAUGACGAGGAAAACAUCGAAGAGGAUUCCGAUGACGACGACUUCUUUAAGAAGACGUCGGAGGAGCAAGAGGAAACGGCCGAGGACAGGUCAAUACCGGUAUACGACUACGAGAGCCUGGUGGCCAAGUGGACGGAGCCGGACAAUGUGGAGGCGUUGCGCAGGAGAUUUACGACGACCAAACUAGGCAGAGAUGACGGCGACGGCGAGGAUGACGAGGAGUGGGGCAGCGAUGGAGACGCGGAGAGUGACGACGGUGACGGCGUCUUCGAGGACCUGGAGGCUGGCGAGGCUCCCAAGCAAGAGCCGGCAGACGACAUCGCUGCCGAGCGCGAAAAGAAUGCCAAGCGGAAGGAGGAGCUCAAGACGCGCUUCGAAGAGGAGGACAGGGACGGCUUCCUCAACGACAAGGCAAACGCGCGGCGAGAGGGGGGCAACAUGCAUGAGUUUGGUGAGGACGAAUGGUACGACGCGCAAAAGGCCAUGAUCCAGAAGCAGCUCGACAUCAACAAGGACGAGUUUGAGACGCUCGACGAGCGGCAGCGGGCGGCCGUCGAGGGGUACCGGGCGGGCAAGUACGCCAAGCUGGUGCUCGACGGCGUGCCGGCCGAGUUUGUGACGAGGUUCAGCGCCCGGCUGCCUGUUGUCGUGGGCGGACUGACGCCGACCGAGGACCGGUGGGGGUUCGUGCAGGUGCGCAUCAAGCGGCACCGGUGGCACAAGCGCAUCCUCAAGACAAAUGACCCGCUCGUCUUCUCGCUCGGGUGGCGGCGCUUCCAGUCGCUGCCCAUAUACAGCAUCUCGGACUCGCGCACGCGCAACCGCAUGCUCAAGUACACGCCCGAGCACAUGCACUGCUUCGGCACCACGUACGCGCCCCUCAUCGCGCCCAACACGGGUUUCGUCUGCUUCAACUCGCUCGCCGCCGACACGCCGGGCUUCCGCAUCGCCGCCACGGGCACCGUCCUCAGCGUCGACGAGAGCACCGAGAUUGUCAAGAAGCUCAAGCUCACGGGCCACCCCUACAAAGUGUUCAAGAACACGGCCUUCAUCAAGGACAUGUUCAACUCGGCCCUUGAGAUUGCAAAGUUUGAGGGCGCCUCCAUCAAGACCGUCUCGGGCGUCCGCGGCCAGAUCAAGCGCGCGCUCGCCAAGCCCGAGGGCCACUUCCGCGCCACCUUUGAGGACAAGAUCCUCCUCAGUGACAUCGUCUUCCUGCGCGCCUGGUACCCCGUCAAGCCCCACCGCUUCUACAACCCGGCCACCAACCUCGUCGGUUGGCAGCCCAUGCGCCUGACGGGCGAGGUGCGCCGCGACCAGGGCCUGUCCGCGCCCCAGCCCAAGAACAGCCAGUACCGCAAGAUCGAGCGCGAGACGCGCCGCUUCAACCCGCUGCGCGUGCCCCGCGCCCUCGCCGCCCAGCUGCCCUUCAGGUCACAGAUUGUCCAGACCAAGCGCCAGCGCCGCCAGACGUACAUGCAGAAGCGCGCCGUCGUCCUGGCCCCUGGCUCCGAUGAGAAAAAGGCCCGUGCCCUCAUGCAGCAGCUCCUCACCGUCCGCAACGACGCCGCCGCCCGCCGCCGCGCCAAGAAGGACGAGUCCCGCGCCGCCUUUCAGAAGAAGAUGGCCGACAACCUGCAGAAGAAGGAGGCCAGGGAGAAGCGCGAGUCCAAGGAGUUUUGGCGCAAGAAUGGCAGGAAGAGGAGUGCCGGUGAGGAGGGCGGCGGAGGCGGCAAGAGACGGAAGUAG